GACAAAAAGGAAAAAAACAGCUCGAAGCGGGUUUCUCAACCGGACUCGGCUGUAAGAGCCGGUACGCUACGCUGAGCUGCCACUCCGUGAUGUAGGCAGACAGGUUAGCUACUUGUUUUCUGCUCAGGUACUCUGGACUCUCAUUUAUAUAAGUAUUAACAUCCAUGCCAGGAAAGUAUAAGAUGGCAUUUAAUGGCCUCUAAUGGAUUUGAAGACUUGAGAAGUGGGGUUCCACAGCCAGCCCUCAUUGUUCGAGCCAAGUCUGCAAUUGUACAUUCCUCCAACACUCAUGUGUCUUCCAGUCUCAAUGAGAGGAGAACACAUCAUCCUUCAUCCCUUGGUUUCUCAGUAUCUCAGCCUAAUGUGACGGUGGUGCUUGACCGGACUAGUCAUAUCUCAGGGAUCUCCUCACAGUGUGCCUAUCCAACUGUGCCUGCACCUGCUAAUACUGUAACAAGUGCUGAGCGUGCUCGAAGUGCAGGUGCUCAUUCUUCUAACGGUGCUAGCGGUGGUACAAGAACAGCCAGUGCUGUCUCAAAGUGUUUACUUCAUAUCAGUAGUCCCUCUUCUGGAUGCCAUAGCCCCUGUCAUCUUGAGCCAACUGUCCACAGCUAUCAGCCACACUGGCAGCUGGGCCAACUCAGGUUAAGGUCACGACUUUUAGGGAAAAGGGCCUUUUCACCUCAGCUCUCAGUUUGUCCCUCCUGUCCCUCCCCACCCAAGACUUCCUCGCAAAGAGCGUCUGUGAGAGUUGAGAAAACAAUGCCGACAAACCAGUCUUACCCAUGGACAAGCAGCAAGCUCAAAAGCAACAGCAAAGGGGUAAUGCAACCCACUACCACCAAAGUGCCUAUAAAUGCUAGACUAGAAACGUGUGAGAAGCCUAGCACUGUACUGUCUGCCGCUCAUUGUAAUGGCGGUGACAAGGGAGAUGGCAAAGCAGACACAAUGAAGCCCUCCCAGACAACUGUGCCUUUGGAGCACAGUUGUAAAGAUGUGCCUCUGAACAGUGUCUUGGGGGUCCAGGACUGGCCUCAGUGUGAGAAAAUUGUGGCUGAAGACACCAAGGAGAAUGAGUGUAUUGUGGAGUGCAGUGCAGAGCAUGGCACCAGUGAAGCACCUCAGAGAGUGAGAAAAAUCAGCUCUGAGGUAGAGUUCACAGCAGCUGUACAGAAGCUCACCAAAAGCAUGGCACAUGCACAAAGCAGAAAAUUAGAUGGUCUGAGUGGACCGCUGAGGACCAGUGUUAAUUCUCACAGCAGUAUGAGAGCAGUAAAGACAGGAACAAUGACAGAUGCCACUUCAACAAAAGCCUCAAGUAUUUGCCUUAUUAAUGGGAGCGGGGAGCCUUUUAUGGACAUGGAGACCUCCACUUCCCACUGCCUUGAUGCAAGGGAUGAGAUGUACCCCACAAAUUCUCCGAGUGAUGGAGUGACUCAGGGUAGCACUUGUGCCAUUCCAGAAGAGGUCAGCCACAAAAUGGCCUCCCCUCAGUCUCCUACAGUUUACUCCGUAACAAACCAGAUAUCUGCCAUACACCUUACAAUUAAAGGGCGUGGGCACACCUCAGAAGAGAACCCAAGCCUUUGUCCUAUGACACUGGAUGAAGAGGGUGAGCCUGGGGUCAAGGGACUUGAGAAUGUUGCCAUGCUACAGGACGGAGAGGAGGAGGAGCUUCCAGAUGAGCUGGAGAAUGACUGCAGUGGGAAUGACAAUGAAGGAUCAGAUUGUGAUGCCUCCUCAGCAAUCUCUAUGGCAACAUCAAAUAUUGAGGAACCAAUGAGCCCCGAGUUAGAGGAUGAGAAGGUGGUGAAGCCAGCGCUGGUGCCCAGCCUGUUCCCCUUCAUGCCUCCAACACUGUACUUCAGUACCAACCAAGAAAGAGUGGAGUUGCUGCCUUUGGAGCAGAGGAAACUUCUGAAAUGGAAGAUGAGUACGGUCACACCUAACAUAGUCAAGCACACCAUCGCUAGAUCACACUUCAAAGUCACCAAGAAGAGUAAUGACUGGCUGGGCUGCUGGGGCCACCAUAUGAAGUCACCUGGGUUCAAGGCCAUACGAGAGUACCAGAAGCUGAACCACUUUCCAGGGUCCUUUCAGAUUGGACGGAAGGACCGUCUGUGGCGGAACCUGUCCAAGAUGCAGGCACGAUUUGGCAAGCGGGAGUUUGGCUUCUUCCCACGUUCCUUUGUGCUCCCACAGGACAUGAAGCUUCUGAAGAAGGCCUGGGAGGAUGGAGGUAGUCGGCAGAAAUGGAUCAUCAAACCGCCAGCAUCAGCCCGAGGAAUUGGCAUUCAGGUCAUUCACAAGUGGAGUCAAAUGCCACGCAAGAGACCACUCCUUGUGCAAAAGUACCUUCACAAGCCUUACCUCAUCAGUGGGAAUAAGUUUGAUCUGCGUAUCUAUGUGUACGUGACUUCUUAUGACCCGCUCCGUGUUUACAUCUUCAAUGACGGACUUGUCCGUUUUGCAAGCUGCAAAUACUCUUCCUCCAUGAAAAGUCUUAGCAACAAAUUCAUGCAUCUGACAAACUACAGUGUGAACAAGAAGAACUCUGAGUAUCAGACCAACAGCGAUGAUAAGGCCUGCCAGGGUCACAAAUGGGCACUGAAGGCGCUGUGGCAAUACCUGGGUUCCAAAGGAAUCAGCACUACUCUCAUCUGGGAGAAAAUUAAGGAUAUGGUCAUUAAAACUAUCAUUGCGUCAGACCCAUACGUGAACUCCCUGGUGAAGAUGCAUGUGCGUUCCCCGUACAGCUGUCACGAGCUGUUUGGUUUUGACAUCAUGCUGGAUGAAAACCUUAAGCCAUGGGUUCUGGAGGUCAACAUCUCGCCCAGCCUCCACUCCAACAGUGCACUGGACGUGAGUAUUAAGGGCCAGAUGAUCAGGGAUGUGCUGAACCUGGCUGGCUUUGUUCUGCCUCACAAAGACGACAUCAUCCCCCCCAGCAGCAGCGACAGCAGCUCCACCAGCAGUUUGUGCGGAGGAGUGCGAGAGAAAUCAAGAUUAGACCUGUCUGCUGAUGAAAAAGUGAAGAGGGCCUUCUAUCUUACCCAGCGCUUUGGGGACCAGGAUUUUUACUCAACGGUUCUGGACGUGCUGACCCCAGAUGAUGUGCGUGUUUUGGCCGAGAGUGAAGAUGAGCUGAGUCGGCAGGGCGAGUUUGAGCGUGUUUUUCCCUCCCCUGCCUCCUCCCGCUACCUCCGAUUCUUUGAACACCCGCGCUACCUCAACAUCCUCCUCAAUCAGUGGGAGCAGAAAUACUGCCAGAACCGGAGCAAAGGUAUUGAACUGCUGAGGAGUCUGUGUCAGAAAAAAGUACACUUGGGGAAUCUUGCUGACUCUGCACAUCAUUGGUCUUCAAAGUCCUACCAUGGAUACCGAUCUGAUAUCCACAAUGCCACAUCACUGAGAACAGAGCAAACAAAAUCAAGUGUUAUGGUGAGUCAGAGCAUGAGGUCCAAGCUGGAUGAUGAUGAUGAUGAUGAUGAUGAUGAUGAUGAUGAUGGCUGGUCUGAUCAUGAGGUUCAGUCAAUGACUUCCAGUCUUCCAGAUAUGAGCCUGCUGGGUUCAGUAAGUCCCAGCCCAAGCCCCAGCCCUAGCCUGGCCAGCGACAGCCUGCUUCAUCAGAAUUACCUGUGAGAUUCACCAUGUAGUCUCAAAACGGCUGACAUCUAGGGCUUCCAACCACGCACAAACUUGCAUACGCUCAGAUUUAUAGUUGCUGGAUAAACACAUUCUCUCAUGUUCUGUCUUUAGUGUGUUCAGUUGUAUAAUUUUACCCCCUCAGGAAGUGGGGUUCGGGCUUGGGGAACAGAUGAGAGAACUCUGAAAUGAAAGUAUAGCAGACUUUAAUGGUCAAACUGAUGACCGUUUUAAUCAUAAAAAUGUUUUCUCGACUAAAGUUGCGUGUUUUAAGGAAAGCCUUGUAGAGCUCUUCAAAGCACAGAUAUAUAUAUAUAUAUAUAUAUAUAUUUAUAUACUGUGUUUGUAUAUGCAACCUCUGCUUCUUUUGGGAGGAGCUAAUCUGGAGUCAUGCCUGUGAGCAUGAGCCAAUGAGAUUCCUUUUCUGCUUUGUUUACAUUUUAGGUCAGCCCACUGUUGGGGUCAGUACUAUUUACAACUGGCAACUGAAUUUGAGUAGUUUCAUCAGUAAUAAUAAUAAUAAUAAUAAUAAUAAUAAUAAUAAUGGUCAUAAAUCUAAAGAAAUGUAUCAUUUUAUCAGCCUUUCCCAAUAAAAGGAAGUAACUUCUGGUUUUAGAAUUUUCACAUUAAAAAUGUU